CAAACGUCGUGAGCUUUCCCUUCCACGACCGCUCCGGUUAAUCGCACGGAAAACCAGCGAAAAGUAUCGAACUCCGGGCCCCAAGGAUGGCAAAAAAGAAAGGCGAACAGUACAACAGCGAUGAGGAUCAGGAGUUCGGCGAUGAGCCCAACUUUGACGAUCCGGAGGAUUUCGUUGACGAUGUGACCGACGAAGAACUGUUGGCCGAUUUCUUGAAGCAAAAGCCGUGCGAAAGCGAUGGUGUGGAGAAUGUGAUCGUGGUCGACAACAUUCCGGUAGUGGCCGCUGAUCGGUUCCCGAAACUGAAGGGCAUCAUGGAGAAGAUCUUCAAGAAUGCCGGUUCGAUCGUAAAAUUUUACUAUCCGAAGGACGAGGACGACAACACGAAGGGGUACGCGUUCAUCGAGUACAAGAACGCGGAGAGUGCGGAAGAGGCGGUCAAAACGCUUAACAACUACCGCCUCGACAAACACUACACGCUGUUGGUGAACCGGUUCUCCGACUUCCAGAAGUAUUCCAAUAUUCCGAAGGAGUGGUCCCCACCGGAGCCCCAACCGUAUAAGGUGCAGAACGAUCUGUUCAAUUUUUUGGUCGAACCGGACGCACAGGACCAUUUCUGCGUUGUGUCAGAGGCAGCGCCGGGCUCGGUACAUGUUCAAUUCUGCCAAAACACCCAACCGGAGCCGACUGAGCUGCUGAAACGUGAGCGAUUUACCGACACGUACGUAAAGUGGUCCCCCAAAGGUACAUACAUUGUCACGUUCCACAAGCAGGGGGUGAUCAUCUGGGGAGGAUCGCAGUUCGUAAAGGUGAACAAGUUUGCUCACGGCAAUGCGCAGUUUGUGGAUAUUUCUCCCUGCGAGCAAUACAUCGUCACGUACGGGCCGAACGGCCAGAAGAUUGUAAUUUGGGACAUUCGGACCGGGGCCGAGAAGCGUGCCUUUGUGUCGGACAGUAUGUCGAACGCCUCGAUGUUGCGCUGGUCGCAUGACGAUAAGUAUGUGGCGCGAUUGGUCGAUAGUCAGAUCCAGAUCUACGACACGGCCACUUUCUUCCUGCUCGACAUGAAGUCCAUCAAGGUAGAGGGUAUCCGGAACUUUAGCUGGUCACCGACCGACAAUAUUAUCGCGUAUUGGGUAGCCGAAGAGGUGGACGUACCGGCGAAGGUGACGCUGCUCGCCAUUCCGAAGAAGAUUGAGCUGCGCACGAAGAACCUGUUCAACGUGGCCGACUGUAAGAUCCACUGGCAGAAGUCAGGCGAUUAUCUAUGCGUGAAGGUCGAUCGGUUCUCAAAGUCCAAGAAGGACAAGAAAGACAAGAAGGACGCCGAUGUCAAGUUCCUCGGUAUGUUCUACAACUUUGAGAUUUUCCAUAUGCGCGAAAAGGAUAUUCCCGUUGAUUCGGUCGAGGUGAAGGAAACCAUUUUGGCGUUCGCCUGGGAACCGGUCGGUUCAAAGUUUGCCAUCAUCCACGGAGAACCGUCUUCGGCCAAUGUGAGCUUUUAUGAGGCGAAAAAGGGCCAGGAACCGGCACUGGUCAAGAAGAUGGAGAAGAAGGUGUGCAGCCAUCUGUUCUGGUCGCCGCGCGGUCAGUUCAUCGUGAUGGCAAACCUACAGAUGGGUUCAUUCGAAUUUGUCGAUACGAACGACUUUAGCAUCAUGAAAACGGGUGACCAUUAUCGUGCGUCGGAGGUAGAAUGGGAUCCAACCGGGCGGUACGUUGUGACUGGAACCUCGGGAAAGGCCAAGGAAGAUCAGGGCUACUACAUGUGGUCGUUCCAGGGCCGCAUUAUCAAGCGUGUUACGCUGAAGAACUUUAUGCUCUUCUUGUGGCGCCCCCGUCCACCGACCCUGCUGUCGGAGUCGAAGCAGAAGGACAUCCGCAAAAACUUGAAGAAGUACUAUGCGCAGUUCGAGAGCAAGGAUCGGCUGCGCAUGACGCGUGCUUCGAAGGAGCUGAUCGAGAAGCGUGCGAAGCUGCGUGAACAGUUCACCGAGUAUCGUACGAAGCGUGUGAAGGAAUGGGAAGAUCAGAAACAGCGUCGUUUGCAAUUAAGAAAUAAUGUCGAUACAGACACACUGGACGCCGAUCCAGAGAAUGCCGAAGAGGAAGUUGUUGAAAUGCUUGUUCGCGAAGAUACCACGAUCAUUGAGUAGUUCGUAUACCGCAGCCUUCUCUAACGGCGCCUCGAUAGUCGCCAACAUUCUUCCCUUUUCGUACCAGUGUGACCGCUUUCGUCUUGGAGAGCGUAGUCACACGUUGCGAGAUUCGCCGCUCCUGAUCCGUUGGGAAGUGCGAAGCAAGCGAAAAAAGAAACAAAAUCGAAGCAAGGAAAGAAAGAAGUAACGAACAUUCAAUUGUUGAAGGUUUCACGCACAGAACCGCACAUUCACAUUCAUCAUCCACAACUGAACGGAACGGUGUAUCAAGGGAAGUAGCUCGUAUUUCUCUAUUGCUCUAGUAGUUCUAAAGUCGUAUUACGGACGUGCUUGUGUGUGCGUGUGAACGGUGGUGUUUAAUAUCCUUGCGUCAAUAGCGACUCACGGUCUACAGUCGAACGGACCACAUCUACCCGUGUCGUGACCUUUAACAAGACUGAUUGGCAGGAAGGAUACGGAUUUUGAGAAACAUACAAGUUUAGCAGUUCAGAAACAACCCGACAGCAGCUCAAACGACCUCGACCAACCAACAACUGUACCACUCCAGUCGAGAGCAACAUAAACCAAGUUGAAUAUUAAAUCACUAUUCAGUAUGAAAUCUAAUAAAUACACUAUGCUAUUGUAUGAUAGAA